CUCGGCGCCAGAGCUGCGGAGGGCCCGGGGGCCUAUCCUGGGUGUGGCGCCACCUUGGGGAGGCCUUGGCGGACGCCUGCAAGUCAACUGCUUGGUUCGGGGGCGGCUCGGAAACCGCAGCUGACCGUGACGAGGGGCGCGUGGAGCCGUGGGGACACGAAGUCGGGCGGCAGGAGAGGCGGCCCGGAGCUCAGGCGGGGCACAGCGCCGGCAAGCGGGCGCCUGGCGGGGCUGCCCGGCGCGGGUGUCCCGGCGAUGUGUGGCGCUGAAGCGGCAGCGGGAGCGGCGGCGGCGGCGGCGGGCUCGGCCUCGGCUUCGCGGCGGUGCCGGCGGCGGAGGCGGAGGCGCAGGCUCCUACUCAGGACCUGGCGAGCCCGGGCCUAAGCGGCGGCCCCGCGAGGCCCCAGCACAUCGCCCCGGAUCGGGGCCUUCCCCGCCUCGCCCUGCCCCGGGAGCCUGCCUCCCCGGCCGGGGAUGAGGCCGGGAGGCGGCCGCGCGGGGCCCAGCACAAAGGCUUGUUCCCGGGGGCCGCUGCCGCCGCCGCCGCCCCCAGCCUAGAGCCGCCCGCCGAGGCCGAGCCGGCGCCGGGGCCGUCAUCCCCGCAGGUCCCUGGGGGCGGCUGCUGCCCGUCUCCCCGAGACCCAGGGCCCCGAGCGCUGAGCCCCUUGUUCCUUCGGCUGCGGCGGGAUCCGGCAGCUGCGCAGCCUCCGCUGCUCCCGGCCGUGCGGGCCCCGCGGAGCAUGUGGGAGGAGAGCGACAUGGAGAAAGCCAUCAAGGAAACCUCCAUUUUAGAGGAAUACAGUAUCAAUUGGACUCAGAAGCUGGGAGCUGGAAUUAGUGGUCCAGUUAGAGUCUGUGUGAAGAAAUCUACCCAAGAACGGUUUGCACUGAAAAUUCUUUUUGAUCGUCCAAAAGCUAGAAAUGAGGUACGUCUGCACAUGAUGUGUGCCACACACCCAAAUAUAGUUCAAAUCAUUGAAGUGUUUGCUAACAGUGUACAGUUUCCUCAUGAGUCCAGCCCCAGGGCUCGACUCUUAAUUGUAAUGGAGAUGAUGGAAGGGGGAGAGCUAUUUCACAGAAUCAGCCAGCACCGGCACUUUACAGAGAAGCAAGCCAGCCAAGUAACAAAGCAGAUAGCUUUGGCUCUACAGCACUGUCACUUGUUAAACAUCGCACACAGAGACCUCAAGCCUGAAAAUCUGCUCUUCAAGGAUAACUCUUUGGAUGCUCCAGUGAAGUUGUGUGACUUUGGAUUUGCCAAAAUUGACCAAGGUGACUUGAUGACACCUCAGUUCACCCCAUAUUAUGUAGCACCUCAGGUACUGGAGGCACAGAGAAGGCAUCAGAAGGAGAAAUCUGGCAUCAUACCUACCUCGCCAACACCCUACACUUAUAACAAGAGCUGUGACUUGUGGUCCCUAGGGGUGAUUAUCUACGUGAUGUUGUGCGGAUACCCUCCUUUUUACUCCAGACACCACAGCCGGACUAUCCCAAAGGAUAUGCGGAGAAAGAUCAUGACAGGCAGUUUUGAGUUCCCAGAGGAAGAGUGGAGCCAGAUCUCAGAGAUGGCCAAAGAUGUUGUGAGGAAGCUCUUGAAGGUCAAACCAGAGGAAAGACUUACCAUCGAGGGAGUGUUGGAUCACCCCUGGCUCAACUCAACUGAGGCCCUGGAUAAUGUGCUACCCUCUGCUCAACUGAUGAUGGAUAAGGCGGUGGUUGCAGGAAUCCAACAGGCCCAUGCAGAACAGUUGGCCAACAUGCGAAUCCAGGACCUGAAAGUCAGCCUCAAACCCCUGCACUCUGUGAACAACCCCAUUCUAAGGAAGAGGAAAUUACUCGGCACCAAGCCAAAGGAUGGUGUUUAUAUCCACGACCGUGAGAAUGGAGCCGAGGAUUCAAAUGUUGCCUUGGAAAAGCUCCGAGAUGUGAUUGCUCAGUGUAUUCUCCCCCAGGCUGGAGAGAAUGAAGAUGAAAAGCUGAAUGAAGUAGUUCAGGAAGCUUGGAAGUAUAACCGGGAAUGCAAACUCCUAAGAGAUACUCUGCAAAGCUUCAGCUGGAAUGGUCGUGGAUUCACAGAUAAAGUAGAUCGACUAAAACUGGCAGAAAUUGUGAAGCAAGUGAUAGAAGAGCAAACCACAUCCCACGAAUCCCAAUAAUGACAGCUUCAGACUUUGUUUUUUAACAAGUUGAAAAUUUAUUCAUUAAUGUAUAAUUUGUAUGUAAAUUAAUAAAUCAUAAUUUCAUUUCCACAUUGCUUAAAGAUGCUGUAUAAAUUUAGAUACAGGAUUUACUAAUAGUAUAGUUCAUUUGUUUUUAAGAAAAGCUCAGUUCCUAAUAUAUUAUUACUUUAGGAUUGUUUAGUCAUAUGUGGUAAAGCUGACAGAUGGUAUUGUCAAGCAAGAUUGUUUUAUUUGUAAUAAAGUAUACAAAAACCAUUUGCCAGUGGUAGGCAAAGGACCAACUAUACUGACCUUAGUAAACAGUUGAAUCAAGUACUGUGGAA